ACAAAUGAUGCAGCUGGCAACACCUGGAACUGGCUGUACUUCAUCCCUCUCAUCAUCAUUGGCUCCUUCUUUAUGCUCAACCUAGUGCUGGGUGUGCUCUCAGGAGAAUUUGCCAAGGAGCGGGAACGAGUAGAGAACCGCCGCGCCUUCCUGAAGCUCCGUAGGCAGCAGCAGAUUGAGCGAGAACUGAACGGGUACUUGGAGUGGAUCUUCAAGGCGGAGGAAGUCAUGUUGGCUGAGGAGGACAAGAACGCAGAAGAGAAGUCCCCUUUGGAUGUGUUGAAGAGAGCUGCCACCAAGAAGAGCCGAAAUGACCUGAUCCAUGCGGAGGAGGGGGAGGACCGGUUUGUAGAUCUCUGUGCUGUUGGGUCUCCCUUUGCUCGUGCCAGCCUCAAGAGUGGGAAGACGGAGAGCUCAUCAUACUUCCGGAGAAAGGAGAAGAUGUUCCGGUUCUUCAUCCGGCGUAUGGUGAAGGCACAGAGCUUCUACUGGGUGGUACUGUGCGUGGUGGCCCUGAACACAUUGUGUGUGGCCAUGGUGCACUAUAACCAGCCUCAGCGGCUUACCACUGCACUGU